AUGAUGGCGUUUGCUGGGACAAAUAUCAAUUUGUUCCAGCCGGAUAUCACGCAAAAACUAACGGAGCGCAUAGAUGACCUGAAGCAAAAAAUCGCUGCUUGGGGGAAGCGGAUUCGACGAUUUAGCGAGAUGUCAAGGCGGUUCAACCAGAAUCGUCUCUUCCAGAGUGAUCAGAAGAGGCUCUAUAAAACAUUGGAGCGACCAGAGGUAUGUGGAGCGUGCCCAGGACCGGAUCAGGCUGACACUAUCGCAUUUUGGCGUGGCCUGUGGUCAGAGCCCGUAAACCACAGCGAGGGCCCUUGGACGGAAGUUGUGGCGAGCCAGAGUGCAAGUGUUACACCUAUGGACCCCGUCACCAUAACGCCUAAAGACGUGGCUGAGGCGGUUCUUUUCUUCUGUUGA